AUGCCGCCACUCAACCAGACGAGGAGCCGAGCCUGUACCAUUGUCAAAAACAAACACAUAUCUCUUUCUAUUGACACCCCGGGAGGCAUCCGUCAGAAGCAUGAUCGCUGGCCGCAUGCACAUCACAUCCUCACACGAUGGCCCUCCCGUCCCGACUGCAGUCCGUACGAGGUGCUCGAGCAACCCAGGAACGGCGCGUACAGCAAGCGGCGGUUCUACGAGUUGGUCAUGGUCUACCACCCCGAUCGCUGGGUCCACGGCACAUACCAUGGCAUCCCCAAAGAGACGAGGGUCGAACGGUAUCGCCUCAUCUUGGCCGCCAAUGCGAUCCUCUCGGACCCCGUCCGCCGGAAGGCGUAUGAUGAGCACGGUGUGGGCUGGACGGCAGGCGGAAAUCACUCCUCACGGAGGAGACAGACACAGACCGAUCGGCCAGAGAAAUCCGCGUCUAGCGGUGCAAGCUGCCACUGGCAACAACAGCCGAGUGGCAGGAAGCAGCGGCCUAUUUUCAUGCGCAACGGCAGCUUUGCAGUCAUGUUGCUAUGCUUUGCAACUUCGCUGAGCUGCUUGUUGUGGCUCACUGCGUUUUAUAGAGCUGAGAGUAUCUCUAAGCGUCAGAAUUUCAUCCAAAAGCAGCUCAUGGAGGAGCUCGAUAGCAUUGCAUCUAGAAGAUAUCAAUUAGACUAG